AUGGCAAGUUUGGAUGGAAAUUUUGACCCUCUUGCUAAAAUUGUAAUAGAUGGUAUGAGUAUCCUAUUAAUUGAAAAAGAUUUUAGCAAAGAGAGCUCUAGUAAAAAUGACUUAUCUAACCAUAAAGUAACUGCUUCCAGCAAUUUCAGGUCCGUUAGGGAUAACUCUUCUCGCUAUCUAUCUGCAAAAGAUAUUGAAUGUGCAAUUAAAACUGCAAUAGAUCCCCUUUCUUCCGAUCUCCACAAAUCCCAACAUUGUACCGAAAAAAAAGAAAAAUGGAAAGGCCAAGAUCAUCAAAACUGUUUUAGUGAACAAUCACCCGAUGCACAAUAA